AUGGAUUUGAUCUCCGCCCAAAAUGAUAAGCUAGAAACAAUAAUGCGCACUAUGAAAGAAAUGCAAGGCCAAAUGAACGAAGUCAAAAGUUCAGCCGACUUUAUGUCAGCCAAAUACGAGGAGCUUCUAAGUAAAUGCGAAUUUUUGGAAGAGGAGCGCAGAGCGGACAAGAAGUACAUCCAACAAUUAGAAAAUAAGCUUGAAAACGUCGAUCGAGUUAGCAGAUUGGCGUGUAUAGAAAUUAAAAAUGUCCCCGCUAAAAAUAGCGAAACGAAAGAUGAACUGUGCAGCACCGUGCAAAAUAUUUGCAGUGCUGUCAACAUACGGAUUCAAAAGGAAGACAUCAAAAAUGUGUACAGAUACGGAAUAAAAAAACAGAUCAAUCUGGAGUUAACAAGCGUUUUAAAAAAGGAAGAAAUUAUAACUGCGAUAAAAAAAUUUAAUAGAACAGACAACACUAAGAAACUGAACACAUCACACAUAAAUCUAGAGGGUCCACCGCAGCCCAUAUACGUGACUGAACAACUAACUUUCAGGAACAAAAAGUUGUACGCAACAGCUAGAGACUUAGCUAAAACUCAUAAGUACAGAUAUUGCUGGACAUCGCAGGGAACUGUUUUCCUGCGCAAGAUGGAGGGUUCGCCGGCAAUACGUAUAAACGAGGACAGUGACUUCGAUCGUAUGGAGAUAUGA